AUGGACAGGAAGCGCGGCCGCGAAGACACCCCCCCGGGAGUGGACACGGAUGCUUCCGACACUACCCAGAUCGUCGCUCGACAACCACGCACACGAAAGCCAGUCCCGAAACGCCCGCGACAAGCCCGCGACGGAUCCGAGCAUGCCCAUGUACCCGACAACGCCGACGAGCCCGGAGAUAACGACGAGCCCGAGUCCGAUAAAGAGUUAGAAGGCGACGAGCAAGCAGAAGUUGAGCAAACAGCAAAACGGGUCCCAAAGCUACGAAAGCGAAAGUGCGAUGGUCCGUGUAGCAGGUUGCUGGAAACUAGAAAGUGGUACAAGAUUCCAGGUUCAGCUGAUAAGGGCGCCCGUGAAUGUCAAAAGUGCCAUAAGGCUCGCAAGGGCAAGAAACCACCACCACGAAAGUGCGAUGGCCCGUGUGGCAAGUUGCUGGAAAUUGAAGGUUCAGCUGAUGAGAGCGCCCGCGAAUGUCAAAAGUGCCGUUACGCUCGCAACAAUCCCCUCGUGACUAAAGCUUCGUCAAGGAAGUUUAAGAGAGGAGAUCUCGCGACGGGCAGCCGAGGGACUAGACCUCAUCGCCUGGAUAAAUCUACCGUGGACCCCACUACUGACCUCUCUGCUCCUUACCAAACCUUGGCCGAUGUUUACGAGGAACGGGUCGGUGCGCAGCUGGAUCAGUGGACUACCGCCAUAAACGCUGUGGUGUCUUCAAGCGAUGCUCCCCUCAUUGCAGACGAUGUCGAUGCCGACGACGACGACGACGACAACGAAACCGCCAUGCAGAACCCGAUCGCCCCCUUGCGGCUGCCACUCGCAGACAAACGGAACGCGCAGCUGUCGCAACUCCGGAAUGAGAUGAGGUCUCUCAGUAAAGCCCCGUCGAGAGAUGGUCGCAACUACGUCAGCUCGUUCGUCAGUACCAAGCUGGUGCUGUCGGAGUCAAAGACUAUCGAUGAGUACCGGUAUGAGGUCAAACAAGGAUCAGAACGCCGUUUAAUGGCGGUAGCAUAUGGACCGUCCUACAGCAAGGAUGUCGCGCUGCGCGUUGCUUCCAGUGCAGUUGGCAUUCUCAACUCGUUCCCUGGUGAGCUCGAUCUGGUUUCCACUCCGCUCUUCAAUGGGUCAAAGUUUGUAGCCAUUCCAGCGGCUGGAAACAAGAUCAUCACUGCAUUACUGGAGUUGGAGCUUGAGGGUACCUGGGAUCCUAGCCGUCUACGUCUCCCUACUCCAGAGAUUGACAAGCUCGACCCUUUGAACAACGACAAAUUGAAGGACACGAUCGAAUGGACUUUCUAUGAUCAUUACGGGAACUGCGGAUUCACCCAGGACCCAACCAGCAAAGAGGACAUUCAUAAGACCGGCCUGUACGACCCGAAUGUCGAGCAACUGGAACAAACCGAAGGCCGACUUGAGAACAACCUGCAGACCGAGAAGCUCCUUCGUUGCCUGUCUGCGCACCUCGCGCGCACUACUUUUGUUCGUCUUGAUGACUUCAAGGUAUUUUGCGACAGCUGGAUCUCCAAGAUCGCUACCAACUACUGGCACCGGUACGAUGUCCUACAUCUCUUUGAGACGGCGGCUGGGUUGGUUACCAUCGCACCAGACGAGCGCAUCGAACACCGGUUCCCCGGUCUUCCGAAGUUCCCCAUUCCUUCCAGGGAUUACUCGCGUGCCAUGCCGGUAGUCACCACUAUAGUCAAUGCUUGGCUACGUUCUGGCGACAUCAGAGAAGCAUGGUUAGAAGGAGCUGUGAAAUACGAGGCAGUUUGCUCACAGAUUGUUGCUGGAGAGCCUUCUUCGACUGCAUGCUCGUGCAAUGAAGACAGCCAACACAGUACUGUUCAUCCUUGCGGCAGCUGUCACGGUAUCUUCCUGUGUUCCCGCAUGCAAAAAGGUAUCUUCGCGCCAAAGAUCUGCGCCUCAUGUUUCCAGCUGGAAUCGUCGGAUCCAGCUGCUGCCAUAGACGAACGCGCACUCAAGAUCGCGCUACGCAAUGCAAAGGUUCGAGGGGCAGGGACAAUGUCUGAAGCACUCGAGUCCGUCCGCAAGUUCGUAUGUCGCACUCAAUCUCCCGGCGGGGGUCUCGUAUCAGCGCGGUGGGAAGAUUACAUGACUUCGACUAUGCGAGCCUUCUCCGCUACAGCAACCGCGCACGAUGGCUUCCGAAUAUCAGUAGAUGCGGUGUUUCCCUUUGGUAUUGCAAGUUCCGGCGAAAUUCAUCAUCACGCCCCGUCAAACUUGCGCCUGACAAGCACGGCCUUUAAUUCUGCAAAGGGCAUCCAUCUUCCCGCUAUAAUGGCAGUCAUCAGCGACUACAUAAGAGCAGUCGGUGACGCGGAAGAGGAUACCGCAGAGUCGGGCAACUUGCAUGACCGACUGGAGAGCUUUUCUAAGUCACUAUUUGAGCGUCUGGCUGCAUGUCGCAGGGUUCGCCUCAAAUGCCCAUCUACGAAAGCGCUACGGGAGAAGCAGACUUUGAACGAUGAAGUUUUCAAGGCGAUGCAUGAGCAAUGGGUUUCGGGGAAGCUCGUGGCGAGCGAUCAGCUUGAGGACGCCAAAACGUACAAAAGCAUAGACGCUGUCAAGUGGUCAACAGAAGACUUGACUCGCCUGAAGUUUCUCAUUAACCAGCUUGAAAAGGAGUUUGGUGUUAGUGUUACAAAGAGUACAGACGGUUGCCCGGUGGUUGCUCGCCUUCCAAAGACGUCAACUUCUUCACAGGAAUGGAGUUGGGUCGCAGCGGCCAACUUCUUUUUUCAACGUCUCGAUAGACUCAGGAAGAGAUGCAACAGAUGGGAUGCCACUAUCGAUACGCCGAUCACUCUUUUUGUCGAGUGCAUUUUCCAAAUUUGUGUCGGUUUGUGGGACGAGACGAGACCCAUGAAAGAGAACGCGGUUUGGUCCCUGGAUGAGAAGAAGGCCUACAAGAAGAAGUACGGAGACUUGCUCGGUCUACCCAUCGUCCUCCAGGCAUGGCACCCCCUGUGCUUAUCCAUCGGACACUACCACCACGGGCUACAGAUGCGGACUGGUUGGCCUCCCGACGCCACGGAAAUGUCUCAUCGUAAAGAAGGCGUAGCUAACAUAAGCUUCGAGACAUCCUUUAGCAACCAACUAAAGAGGGCAUAUCCCUCAAGCCAAUACCAGGAGCUUCGUGCAGAAAUGAAGAAGAUCAAUCUAGCCAAGGAGUACUACGACCCGGAUCUAGAGCCUGCGGACUUUGAGAUGCCUGCUUUUGAAGGCGGCGAUGAAGCCGAUAGAGCGGCCGACCUAGAGGAAGCUCUGAUGAGCGCGCUGGGAGAUGGGCCCGUUCCAGGAGCCUUCACUGAAGACGAGGAAGAUGACGCCACAGGUGCGGAUGAUAGCAACGAGCCGUCUCCACCUACCCGAGUUGCGUUGGCCAGAGAAUACGACGAGAUCCAACAGAAUUUCAUUUUCCGCCAUGGUAACGGCACGGCUGAUGUGCCUGGAUCUGAGGACAUCUUCAAAAGCAUGAACAAUGCGGCCAAGAACGGGAACCGAACCGAGUUUGACCGCCAGCGCGUCAAGCUACAGCGCCUUGAGAACCCAUCCCCAGGUUCGUCGGACUCUUCCAGCUCGUCAGGCUCUGACGGGUUCAUCGCUCAGUUUGACAAAGUGGACCAUGUUGAGACAUAUGGCGCCAAACAAAACAAACAUCAAGUCAUUGGCAAGAAAGGCCGAAAGCUAGGUACAGUCACAGCUCGUGAUCGCAACCAGGUCUUGGAUCGUGUUACCUUUUAUAACGCUCCUAGACGAUCUGCUUCAUCGUCAGAAAGCAGUUUGCUGCAGCAGCAGAUGCAUCAGGCCAGCCAUGGUCUCGAUCCAAAACACCCAGAACAAUACGGCGUUGAGCAUGUCGCUCGAAUGUCUACUGUAUCUACGACUGAAUACUUCCUGUGUAACGGUAACGGAUGCGAGAACACCAGAAUUCCGUUGAAGUAUCGCGCAGUUGCGGAUGUUAACGAGUGCAUUUUCUGCAAUCUCGGCUAUCAUAAGCAUGAUCCUGAACGUGUUGGAUGGUGUUUGGGUGGAGAGCAUGGGCACGAGGCUCAACAAAGCAAGCUUGUUGAUGAUGACGGCUAUGACGCGGACACUUGCAAAGACUGCAGUAAGGAUGAAGGAGAGUUUGGCGAUCACAGUAGUGAGGGUGAGGAUGAGGAUGAGGGGAUUGUGGCUGGUACUAAUGAUGAUAAAGCGGAUGGUACUGAGGGUACGGAUGAUAUCAUGACUGACUAG